CAAUAUGUUCACGUUGCUGGAUGUCAUUCAUAACUCAUUACGUCUCUAGCCUAUAACUAUUCGAGAAGUCACUGGCACUCAACUACGACGUUUGUGUUCGUCAUGCUCGUCAUUCGAAUCACCAAAGACGUGACACAGCUGCAAAAUUUAUCUGGCAGUCAGGCGAAGGGCGUCUCCGUUGCGCUGACUUAUCGAGAUCAAUUGUCAUACAGUUUAGCAUGACUGGUGACGGAAUUAGUCACAUUCACUAUGUACUGUCACAUCAGAUACCGCCUCAAGUAACCACUGCCACAGUCGUAAUACGCGAUGCUCAUGAGAGUUAUUCUGCCGAACAAGUAUGUGCUGACUGCCAGCAUCUAUCAGGUGUGCUUUCCACAGAAGCACUGAGAAUAGAUGCAAGGCUGCGAACAUCCAGAACCAUAGCAGACAUCCGAGAAGGUGCGUUGCAGGGUUGUAGACUGUGCAGCAUCUUCAUGGGACAGUUUGACACGGUCGCGAAAGACUUACUGGAUGUGCAUCGACGAAAGCGCGCUCAUAUCACGACAAGAUACUAUGAAGACGACGGUCAUGUAGCGAUGACGUUUCGGUGGAGAAGUGAUUGUUGGCGAGCGCUGAAGAUCAAAUCUUUCACUCCGUUUCUGUUUCUCAGAACCACAUUACCAUCACUCGGACCCGGUGUGUGGCCUAUGUCAUCUCAUACAGAUAACGACACGACAUGGAGCAUAGCCAGACGAUGGCUCUCGCAAUGUUUGGAUGGCCAUUCAAGGUGUGAUCUUGCCAGUCCGUUUCGGAGACUGCCAUCACGGCUCAUCGAUAUUGGAGACUCUGAGGAGGGCAUAUUUCCACGGCUAUGCGCAACCCAAAAUCUCGAUCCCCAGACGCCUUAUUUUACCAUGUCACAUUGCUGGGGCGGCUUAAUUCCCUCACGUCUCUUGAGUUCGAAUCUGCAGGAGUAUUUACAACAGCUUCCACUGCAUUUCAUAUCUCUGAAGUUCAGGGAAACAAUGGCAUGUGUAAAGAAGCUUGGCUAUAGGUACAUAUGGAUAGAUUGUCUCUGUAUCAUGCAAGACUCCGCGUCAGACUGGGCAGCGGAAUCGGUCUAUAUGGGAGACUUUUACCGGAAUGCGCUGUGUAAUAUUGCAGCAAACAACAGCGAUAGCUAUGAACACAGUCUAUUCACCACCCGAAACACACUUGCCAUCGAACCUUGUUAUGUCAACGUCAUGGAAAGUUCAGGGGUUACGUCGGCAUUCUUCUGCAUCACAGCAGACAUCUGGAGUCGUAAAGUAGCUGAAGGACCGAUAAUUCGACGUGGCUGGGUCGUUCAGGAGCUCGCACUGGCUCCUCGCAUCUUGUAUUUCGAUCAAGAUCAGCUUUACUGGCAAUGUCGUUCUUCGAGAGCAUGUGAACAGUAUCCUGAGCAUGACUUGUCCCACAGCGAGCACAUCACCUUCAUACCGCAGGCUCCCGUGUCCAGCGUGUCACACACCCCUUGGAUGCUACAGAGUGAUAUCAAGGCUGAUCGAAGAUCGGAACGGGCGGAGCUUGAGCCAGGUUCAACGUGGCGUACGAUCAUGGCACGAUAUAGUGAAUGUGCUCUAUCUUUCGAGGAGAAGGAUAAGUUGAUUGCAAUCUCGGGCGUAGCUCGUAGGUUUGGUAGCGCAUCGGAAUAUUUCGCCGGAAUGUGGAAGGCUGACCUGCCUAUAUCACUGCUCUGGAAAACAUAUUUGCAAUGGCGAGGUGGUGGCUCGAGAAGAAGACUUGCUUCAGGGACGCCUACUUGGUCCUGGGCUUCCAUCAGCGCCACGUUGGACUUUCCUGACACAAACAAGAGCAGGCCCGACAUGGUAGUAGAAUUGCAAGACACGCCCUUCCCGUCGUAUAAGGCAGAAGUCAUCGAGGUUUUCACACAAAAAGACACAGACGAUCCUUUCGGACAAGUUUCCAAAGGGCACAUAUGCCUCGACGGAGCGCUCACAAACCAGAAAGUGAACCCGUUACCGAACCCACGCAACGACUUCCUCAACGGCAGAGCAGACCGAUACUCCGAUGGCGAGUUUGUAAUCGCGUGUCAGUUCGACAGUCCGACCGACACAAUGUCUCCAGGCGUGUACUUCUUUCUCGUCGGCGAUGCAUACAUACAUCCAGGCGGAUGGAUCACAGCCGGGCUUAUGUUGCAGAGGACGCUGUCCAAAGGCGAAUACCGCAGGCUAGGUGUCUUUUGGAUCAACCCUGGUCCAGAUCUUGCCAUAAAAGGGUACGAUCAGAAGCGCAGCAUGGCUUCCUUCAUGCAGAGCUGCCGUGGCUUUGCGGAAACGUCCGACACGACCGAGUGGCUUGAGAGAGGGAGGAGACGGACACAUUCCUGCACAAUUAAAAUCAUCUGAGAUGGACGGAGUUAGCAGUCUCCUAUUCCGAUAGCUUGGAGAACUACAUAAGGGGCCGUGACUAAGGUCGAGAACGAAUGAAUGUGA